AUGAACUCUCAGGGGAUUGGAACGAGAUCUCAUAAGUCUAUGCAGAAUAAGAAUUCCAAGAAUCUAAGUUUACAGAUUGGAGAUUCUCCAACCAGGAACAAGCUAAUAAUAGUUGAGCCAAAACCUAAUAAUAGCAUCAGUAAUGGGGAGAGUUGUGGUGGAUCCGGGAACGCGUUUGCGGUUCCACCGUUGACGAAACGUGCUAGCGAGGCGCAGAUAUACUCGCUGCCUCCGAAGUUGAAGUCUACUCGGUCUACUCCAUGCACGCCGCAGCUAGCGACGACGGGAUGCAGUUCGGGGUUCAACUCUGCGGUGUCUCCAACGUCAUCGGCCUCGUCAUCGUCGCCGUUCAACAAGCCGCAGCUUCCGACGAUCAAUACCAAGGUGCUGUGCAGGCCCAGGGCUAGCACUAUAGCGGCUGGCACAGCCAUGACGCUGGGGGCUCAGUCUCAGGGCCAGGGCCAGGGCCAGGGCCAGGCACAAGUGCAGACACCGAGCAACGAAUUCAUCGAGAACAUGUCUCGGUACUGGGUAUUUCAGGAAAAUACCCCAAUGUCCUCCAACAAUUACGAGCCGGAUGCUAAGGAUAGAACAAACAUCAACGCCGUGCUGUCCGAUGACGAGCUGGACAGCUACUCGGAGUCCUACAAGGAGAAUUGCUACCCGUCGGGACCGCUGCUCGUGAUCCCGCCAUACAUCUACCUAUACUCCGAGCCCUCGCUCAAAGAGGUCCUGGACUUCGACUUGAUCAUAAACGUCGCUAAGGAAAUCACAAACUACAAGGAACAGCUUCCCGCGGAGAAACAGGUGAACUACUACCACCUCACCUGGUCGCACACCUCCCAAAUCACAAAAAACCUCCCGCAACUUACAGAACUGAUACACAACGCCUACGUAAACCACAAGAAGGUGCUCAUCCACUGUCAGUGCGGAGUUUCUCGCUCGGCAUCGCUAAUCGUCGCUUACAUGAUGCGCUACGAUAAUCUCAGCUUGAACGACGCUUACAACAAGCUCAAGCUCAUCGCAAAGGAAAUAAGUCCCAAUAUGAGCCUUCUGUUCCAGCUCAUGGAAUGGGAGGACUGGCUAAAGAACCACGAUCCAAUCAACAGAACCUGUCGGAAACAGUCUUUCGAAUCGAUCUCAGAACUCGGCGAACUCACCCUAUGA